GCCUCCUGCCCGGAGGGCCUCAACUAUUGCGAGGCCGGGGUCAAGGAGCUGAGAGCGUUCGAGCGGGACGGGAGACUAGCCUCGCUCCUCGGUGCCCGGGAGCUCCUGGUCAAGGGGCUCGAGCGCAUCUCGGAAGUCCUGACUGCGGGGCGCGAUUUGGACGGCAGCGAGCACGGGAUGCUAGGUGCGGAGUUCCAACGCUUCCUGAAGAUCGCGCAGGAUGCGCGCAUGCGGACCGACACCCUCCGCGAGGAGUUGGACGCGGCAGGGGGGCCAGCGCGCGGGGGGGAGGCGGCGGCAGGCGAAGCCCAGCGGCCGGGGCCAGGCUUUGCCAGCCCGACGACCCAUGGGCAGAAGAGCGAGGGCGAAGAGGAUGCGGAGAAGACGCUGCCAGGGGAGGACCCCGAAGCCGACCGGGGAGAAGAUGCGGCGGACGUGGACCGGUUCGGGAUCACGGCUGACCUGCAAGAGGAGACGGCCGGGGAGCCCGACGGGGACCCGGCCGCCGCCCGUGAGUCCAGGGAGGUCCGGCCGCACCCGGCGCGGAAGUUCUUUCAAUCCCGGACUUCUUGA